GAAGCUUUGUGCACCCCCUUUCAUCUAAUAUUUUUACCUACAGAGGAUGAUUUCGUGGAUAACAAAUUCAGUACUUCAGCUUGCUCCAGUUAUUAAUCAGACUGCCUGUUAGGUUCCGGAUGGGAGGAGUCUUAAACAAUUAUAGCUGGCAGAUCAACAGAGGAUGCCUCUCAUUUAGGGAGUCUCUUGAACUUGAUGACGGUUCAAAUGUGAUGCAUGAGAGAAGGAAACCAUUUAUGCGGAGCUGUUCAUUGUACAGAAGGCUGAUUCAUGUUGGAUCAUCUUUUGCUAGUGAUGAAGAUAUUGAGUUUGAAAAUGUAACUACAGAAAUAAACAAAAUCACCUUGAAGAUGAUUAUAGUUUUGAAUUUGAAGUAGCUGAUGAUGUUAACCAGGUCUUAAAUCAAAGGGGUCUCCUAGAGUCGAGGAAAUAUAUUUUGAGAACUUCUCCAGGUGCAAAACUCAGAGCAAGUCAUUGCGGAGGUCAAAAUUUUCCAGGCAAGGACAUUCUGGAUGAAGACGAUCAUCUUAUGGAUUUGGAUAAACAGACUGAAAAUUAUGGUUCUGGCCUGCUAUCUUUUAGUUCAGAACCAUCUCCUCUGCCACCAUAUCCUUUGCUCUGGACCAGGUUUCAGGAUUUUAAUCCUUACAUCGCUGAAAAUGGGAUUGAAACUUCUGUUUAAUAUGAAGUUGUUGUCACAUACAAUUUUGGAAACAUGGAACAUAAUCUCUCGGUCCCUGCCAUAAAUAAUUUGGAAAAAGAGAACGGCUCGUUCUCAAAUCCUGCAAAGUUUGAUCUCAAUUUUCAUGCUCUUUCUAGAGAAGAUAUGGCCAGUAUUGGGGGACUUGAACCAUGGGAUGUUUAUCAUCUAUUAUGAUAAAUAUGAUUUCACACAGAAGUAUUCUCAUGGUGAAGAGAAUCUUAAGAAUUAUUUGAUACCACGAGUUAUGCUCUCCUUUAGAGGGUGGAUGGGGACUCGCAUAAAUGGGAUUGAUGCUGGAAAUCGAGGAAAAACAGAUGAUCUUAUAAGGUAGAAGAAGAGUAGAAGAAUCCAUUCAGCUCCUCCAUUUUACCAAGGCAAGAAGAAGUUCUUUGCCAAGAGUGAAUCUCGAGGAAGGCAGCAGGACAAUAUUAAGACUGUUCAUGAUGUGCCACUAAUGCCAUAAAUCAGAGCGGUAAGGAGACUGCAUCAUUCUGCAGAAGCUAUCUGCUUGGAGCUUCUAUAGCAGUCAUCCCAUCAAUGUGAUCAAUCUUCCACCCCAAGUUGUGGUGACGGUGCAUUCUCUGAUGAAAGUCAAGUGUGAAAAUGAAACUUGUUAACAUCUGGAAUAGCAAAUUACAAACUCAAGGGCGGUGCACAAGUACCCGCGAUGGGGAGUCAAAAGAAGAUAAACCAUUCCUGUCAUGUGUUCCUGAUCUGAUAUUUGCACCACAAAAAACUCAGUUUCUUAGAUUCUGGGAUAAAAUGGAGGGACUACCUUUCCAGAGAUUACAAGCAGUACUAGAACAAAGAAUCUUAAGAAUCAGGAUACUAUACUCGAUGUCACUUCUGGUUCGCAUUUUGUUGGUGAUUCAUUGGUUUCUGAUACCAUUGAUAAAAAACUGCUUGGAGGGUGCCAAAGUUCUCCGACGGGUUGAUAAGAAGUUUAUUCCGAUUGUGGCAGGCACAACACUUGCUAUAAUUGAUCAGCAUGCUGCAGAUGACCGAAUAUUCGUUUGGAUGAACUGCACGUGAAGGUAAUGAUUGUCUAAAAACUCAAUGAAGUGUCAUUUAAACUUGGAGUCUGUAACUUACUGAAUUAUCAGGUCCUAUCUGAAAAAAUGAGGACAACAACCUAUCUUGAUUCUGAACAAGGAUUGGUACGUUUAUUUUGAUAAAAGGUAGCAUUGAUUUUGAGUCUUGUGGUGACGUCUUGAAACUCUUUAUGAUAAGUAACAUUGAUUUUGAGUCUUUGAGCAUGCUUUUGCUGGUCAUGCCAAAAUUUGGUUACCAAUUACUACACAACUAUGCUGACCAAAUUCAAAACAGGGGUUGGAUCUGCAACAUAUAUUAUUAAGCUUCAAGAUCAUUUACCAGGUAAGUUACGAUCUUUGUUUAGAUUUUUCAUCA